AUGAAGGUUCUAUCUAGAAUUCCAACUGAUGGAACCUUCGACCUGGAACGUCCAUUGCAUAUUUUAAAGAAGAAGAAAAGUUUAUUUUUCUUUUCUUUCGAUUUGAAAUCUGGAAUGGACCGUUGUCCAUUGAGUGUGAUAUAUUCCCUCAUGUCUUGCAUAUUGGAGAGUACUCUCGCAUCUUCAAUAGUCAACAGUUCUCUGGGUCUUAACACUUUCUUAUUGGAUAAACCAAUUGUGAAGAAAAUAUCUGAGAUAGCCUUUCUUACUGGACAGCCUCUUGGUUACUACGGAUCUUGGUCCCUCUUUUCAUUGUCACACCACUAUAUAGUGUGGGUGGCUGCAAAAUAUGCACACCGAACGAGGACAACUCCUUUUCCUGAUUACACUUUAUUAGGUGAUGAUAUCCUGAUCACCGAUAAAAAGAUGGCAGAGCAGUACAAGAAGUUAUUAGAAAGGCUUGGUGUUACCAUUUCAGAAUCAAAAUCGAUAAUUUCUGAUAAUGGUACCAUCAAGUUCACCUAG